AAAUAAGCUAUAUGAAUUAUUCAGAUAUACUCUCAGAGUCCUGCCUCCAGAGCCAGAAGUUUCAAAAUAAGUACAAGAAUAUACUUAAUGACCGUAAGAGCUUCGGGGAUAGGAUCCGACAAGAUCAUGAUAAGCAAUCUAAAAUGUCUCAGAAGAGUAAUUUUGGAAAAUAUAUGGAGAAAAUGAAUGUCAAAAUUAAAAUAGAUGAUUUAAAGAAACCCAAAUUUUUGAAUACCUUACGGCCAGGCACCACUAAGAUACAGACUAAGAAGGCACUGAAUAAGACUCAAAAGAGGAUAAAUACCUCUGCGGUUAAAAGCAACAGAGUGGAUGUUAGAGUGAACAGGUGCAAUUAUUGGAAAUCUGCAAAGCCAAGAGACCUUUACCAUCUCCAAGAGAUUAACAGGAAAGUAAUUUAUCCAGAAUACAAGGUCAAGGAGAAAGCUAAGAGAAUGAACUUCUCAAAUGUUGAUCCCAAGGAGAAGUACCUUUUGCUCCAAAGAAACAAGAAUCAGCGGAGAAGAUUUAAUGAAACUACACUUCAGAAAACUAGAGGCAAGAAAAGGGCCUUUAGCAUCCUUGGAGUAGAGAAUAUUAAGAGUCUCCGUCAUAACCAAGACCUGCUAAGUGUCAAGAGUAGCAUUGCAAGGAGAUCAGUCACCCCGACGAGUAGGAAAUCUGUGAUUAUAUCCUCCCAUGUUCGUAAAAAGCAACUAGAAUUGCCUGAAUAUAGACGCAAGUGAGAAAGUACAAUAGGAGGUUCUGUAUGUGCUAGUAAAAGACCCAGUAGGAUCAACAGUCCUCAGAAGAGACGUCUCACUUGAAUGAUUUCCAAUCCAAGGAAAAGUAUUGGUGACUUGAAGAGAAAAAUUCCUGAAGACUUACGUAAAUAAGGAGCAAACCUUAAAGACUGUUGAAGAACGGAUUCGGGAGAAAUUUAGUAACGGAACGUCACAAGAACAACACUCUCUUAAAAGAUUUAAGCAGUUGCAGGAAUAUCUCAAGAUGGCUAAGAGAAAAGUAAGGAUCAAUACAAACAUCAGGAACAAAUCUGGAAGAAUAGUCAAAGGAGAGAUCCCUUUGGGAACAGACACGCAGAUAGACAAUGAACUCCGUGAGAAUUAUCCUUCGAUUUUGGAAAUUAAAAGAAGACUUAAGAAUACCUUAAUGAUCAAAUGUGAUUUUGAUGAAGUGAUAAAAUAUGCUCAGGAAUACUUAGGUGUUAAUGAUGAAGAUUUAUCUUCAAAGCACAAGGCUUUACAAGACCAUAAGAAGAAGAAAGAGAGAGAAACAAGGAAAAAGGAAGAUAGCAUCAAGCUAUACCGCAAGAGUUCCCCUAGGAACAAGAAAGAGCUACUAAUUAAAGAAUUAAGAUCAGAUUUAGGGCUUAACAAGAGCGAGGAUUCACUCCCAAAAUCCCCUGAAAAGAUUAAUAACUCUCCUAGAUCUUCAAAGAGCUCCUCAGAGAAGUCAGUGAACCAAGAUGAGGAGGAGUUUAAGUUCACCAGAAAGAAAUGGACCAAUAUAGAUGAGCUAAUCCUAGCUCUACAAGAGGAAGUUCAUACAAAAGAUAAUCAGUAA